AUGUUUGGGGUUACUCUUCUGCUGCUACCGUUGGUAGCGGUCGCAUCGCGUGUGCCAUACGAGGAGUACAUUCUAGCUCCGAGCUCACGAGACCUAAUUCCAGCAUCAGUCUACCAAGUCAAUGGGUCCGUGAUAAAUGCAAGCUCUUUAUUACAAUCCUCUGGUAAAGGGGCCACCUUCAAUGGCGUUUCAUCUGUGACAUUGGACUUUGGCAAAAACGUCGCUGGCCUAGUAUCCCUAGAUGUUAACUCCGCCUCAGCAUCAUCCGCAUUCUUGUCUGUCACAUUUACCGAGUCCAGUCUCUGGAUCAGCAGCGAAUAUAGCGAUGCGACUGGUAAUUCUGGAUUCGACAGACCAUUGUGGUUCAACGUCGGCAAGGGUGCAGGAAAAUACACGGCAGCCACCAAAUUCCAACGAGGUGCCUUCCGGUAUCUGACAGUCGCGAGUAAUACCAGUGCCACGGUGGCUCUAGACGCUCUCCGCGUGAACCUCACUUCCGCACCGGACCAAAAUCUUCGGGAAUAUACGGGCUGGUUCCACUCCGACGAUGAGCUGAUUAACAAGAUCUGGUAUGCCGGCGCAUAUACGAACCAGCUGUGUACUAUUGAGCCGACGGCCGGCGACUCUAUCACCUCGCAGAGCGACGAUAUCGUCCUGCCAGAAAUGAACACUUGGUACAAUAACUACACGAUUACAAAUGGAACUAGUACCAUCACCGAUGGAGCGAAGCGCGAUCGGCUCGUCUGGCCAGGGGAUAUGGCUAUCUCUCUUGAAAGCAUUGCCGUCAGCACUGGCGAUCUGUACAGUAUUCGGAUGGGAUUGGAGUCGUUGUUUAUUUUGCAGCAGGCUGAUGGUCGACUACCCUAUGCUGGCACCCCGUUCAAUUACGGCGAGAGCUAUACCUACCACCUACACAACCUCAUCGGCAUGUCUUUCUUGUAUCGUUUCUCAGGAGACAAAGCGUGGGCAUUAAGCUAUUGGGACCAAUAUGUCCUUGGAGUGAAGUGGGCAUUGGAGUCAGUUGACAGUACCGGUCUGGCCAACGUAACUUUGUCUGCCGACUGGCUGCGAUAUGGAAUGGGAGGUCAUAAUAUCGAGGCCAACUCAAUUCUCUACUUCGUUCUGAACGAUGCCCAAGAUCUCGCAAAAGAGUUGAACCAGACCUCUAUGAUCACCCACUGGGCAAGUGUCGCAGCAGGAGUCAAAUCUGGCGCGAACAAACUCCUCUGGGACUCCUCAGCAGGAAUGUACCGAGACAACCAAACAACGAGUCUCCACCCUCAAGAUGGAAACACCUGGGCCAUCAAAGCCAAUAUCACCCAGUCAGAAACCCAACGCAAAACAAUAUCCGCCGCCCUUAAGGCCCGCUGGGGACCCUACGGGGCCCCGGCCCCCGAAGCUGGCGCUACGAUCUCCCCAUUUAUAGGCGGCUUCGAGCUCCAAGCACACUAUAUCGCUGGACAGCCCAAUGCAGCACUAGAUCUUCUUCGCUUGCAAUGGGGAUACAUGCUUCUAGACUCCAAGAUGACCCAAUCCACAUUCAUCGAGGGGUACUCGACCGACGGAUCCAUACAUUACGCGCCCUACAUCGAUGAUGCGCGGAUCUCACAUGCUCAUGGUUGGUCAACAGGUCCAACAUAUGCGCUCACUGCAUACGCCGCAGGGAUUCGGUUUACCGAACCGGCGGGUAAGUCCUGGAUUAUAGCGCCCCAACCUGGGAAUCUGACCACCGUUGAUGCUGGUUUGGCUUCUGCUCAUGGAGUUUUCUCGGUGGCGCUCCAGCGAUCCUCUGGGGAGCGGUACAGUCGGUUUUCAUUUAGCACUCCGUCCUCUACUACGGGAGUUGUUCAACUUCCUGGUAUUGAAGGGGUUUUGAUCUCUCAGACUGGGCAGCGGGUUCGACUUGUGAAUGGUACGGCCCGCGUUCCGGGUGGGACAUGGAAGUUGCAAAGCUCGUGA